GGAGGGGACUCUGGAACCGGCGAAUCGGCGUAAUAGCGGAAGUUAACAGAACCCGUGGAUCACCGUGACACAUGAAAGUCACCGGGAAAACAACAUUAAUGAAUGAGAAGAGUACUUUGAGUUGGUUGAAUUAAGAAAAACGGAGGAGGCGUUUAUAGAAAUUGUUUUAGCAGAUCGGUUUUAGUGAAGCGGCAGCAUUUUGGUUACAGCAUUAGAAAACGAAUCGUUCGCCGCAGCGUUAUCUCCAAAUAUUGUGUUUUUGCUCAGAGUUGUAGGAGUUUAGAGAUGGCACGAAGCGCCAUCGGUCGAUUAUUUGCUGGACUGCGGUGCCUACCUGUCGGGAAUACACAGCUACAGACACAAUGUUCCAGAUGGAGCUCAGAGCGGACCGGGGUGGAGGCCUCAAUGUUUUCCCAUAAACCUAGAGACUUCAGCCUGCCCAACCCUUCAUGGGGGGAAGAGAUGAAGCGGCUGUAUAAGCAUUAUAAUCUCCAAAGUGAGGAAGCAGCAGGACAAGGGGAGGAUGGAGAGUGGUGGACGAGAUUGCCAAGCUACAAUCGAUCUUUGAAGUAUGCAACAGGAGGAGUUUAUCUCAGCAAGAUGAUCCAAUCAAAAGCUCGCCUUUUUACCCGGAACAUCAGAGACCCUGGAGCAGCCUUUGAGUAUGUUCUCUUUUUCAGAAACGACAAGCAGAGGUGUCUGUGCAUCUUCCAAGCUGGUCACCUGCUGGAGGGGCCACCAGGGCAUGUCCACGGGGGGGCGAUAGCCACCAUGAUAGAUACAGUCACAGGAACUCAUGCCUCUCUGCUUUCUGCACCAGUUAUGACUGCCAACCUGAACAUCAACUACCGCAGUCCCAUCCCACUAGGAAGCACUGUGCUGAUCGAGUCCACUCUGGACAAGGAGGAAGGCAAGAAAAAAUUCAUUUCAUGUAAAGUAAGCAGCACUGACGGCUCCAAACUGCACACAGAAGCAACAGCCCUUUUUGUGUCAAUCAGUGUCAGCCACCUACUGAGAGGGUGACACAGACAAGCCAGGCUCGCCUCUAAUACAGAGGAUAUAACACGUCUGUGAGCGUGGGAUCCAUUUAGUUUGGAAUAUGAACAUAUUUUCCAGCUCAUCUUAAAAAAAACUUUAAUGACUAUAUUCUUAUAUUAUACUCUAACAUGUUACUAGUAAUAGUAUCAAUUUGAAUUUCUCUGCACGUUUGUACUAACACAAAAACAGUACACUUUUUAACUGUAUUUAUUGAACAAAGUGUUAUUUAUUGGAAAUACACAGUGACCUUAAUGUUAAGAGCUUUUUUUUCUGAGAUGGAUUCUAUACUUUCUGUCUGUGUGAGUAUUUUUUAUUAUAGGAAGAAAAUAUAAUAGAUGUAAAAGAAAUGGAGAGGUUAAUUAAUUUUUAAGAUCAAAUAUUUAAGUGUGCAGUAUUGUGUCUUUGCUAAGAAGAAUUUGUCAUUUUGCAGCAAAGCAGUCCAGGUCACUUUAUUUAAAAAUAAAAAAAUAUAUGUACUGGCAGUAGCUGAAAAAAGACGGAAACGUUAGAAUUUUAGAAAGAAAGAACAUUGUUAGCCUUUAACUUUUGGUGCCUCUCUAAGUUUCCUGCAUCUUGUGUUCUAGCUAUUAUAGGUUUUGAUCUUUGCCUGUCAGGUGUGAACGCUGGCUGUUACUCCACCAUGUGGUGGCUGUGGUUGGUUUUGACUGUGAGAUGUUUCUCGCCAUGCGAAUAUCACAACUUUGUCAUGUAUAGAAGAGGCCUUCGUAAACACUGUUUGUCUCGUCGACUUAUGCCACCCGAACUGGCACUUUGAACACACGUCUGCAUUCAGAAGUGACUGCAGCGUGUGGCGGCCCAACAUUAAAAAGUAAUGACCUCCACAUCACAGAGAGGCAAGCUGCUCUGGCAUCACUGCAGACCACAGAGUUACACUGUCUGAUUCAAGGCGGGUUUCUUUGCUCUACUGCAAUUAGAUAUUAAAUUGGAUAUUUAAUGUUUAAUGCCAUAUCUACCUGUUGUUGAUGUAACCUGAACAAAAAUAAGUUCCAUAUUUGCAAAUAUGGGUUUAAUGGAUGAUUUUUUUUUUUAUAAACUGAAUUGUUAUUUGAUUUAAGAGGAAUUAAAUUAAUUACA